AUGGAUCCGGUAACCAACAGCUGCGUGAGGAACCUUCACCCUCCCGCCCCUGUCUGGGGCUGCCUUCGAAACCCCCACUCGGAAGGUAGCAGCGCCUCAGGGCUGUCCCAUUAUCCACCAACCCCGUUUUCCUUCCACCAAAAAUCAGAUUUCCCAGCGCCAGCAGCAUACCCCGACUUCUCUGCUUCCUGCCUGGCAGCCACUCCACACAGCCUGCCCCGGACCGAGCGCAUCUUCAACGAGCAACAUCCUGCCUUCCCACAGACCCCUGACUGGCACUUCCCCAUCUCCGAAGUCGGCCAAAGGCUCAACCCGGGCCCCGCAGGGAGCGCUAGAGAGAUGGGGGCUGGCAGCCCGGGCCUGGUAGAUGGCACAGGAGGCUCCGGUGAGGAUUACAUGAUAUUUGGGAGCACCGCCAGUGAGCCUGAGAAGAAAUUGUCCAGAAGGAAAAAAGAACGGUCAGACAACCAGGAGAAUGGGGGAAAGCCGGAAGGCGGCAGCAAGGCCCGGAAGGAGAGGACCGCCUUCACCAAGGAGCAGCUGCGGGAGCUGGAAGCUGAGUUCGCCCACCAUAACUACUUGACCAGGCUCCGUAGAUAUGAGAUCGCUGUCAACCUGGACCUUUCGGAGAGGCAGGUCAAAGUGUGGUUCCAGAACCGGAGAAUGAAGUGGAAGCGUGUGAAGGGGGGUCAGCCCGUGUCCCCUCAUGAGCAGGACCCAGAGGAUGGGGACUCUGCAGCUUCUCCAGCUUCAGAGUGA